AUGUGUGCAGCUGCGCGUCCACGACAGGAAUGUGUUUGUCUCUCAGCCAACGUCAGUCCUCACCCAGGCACUGGGGUCACGGUCACGUUCCUGGAUGCCUUGGCACUGCUGCCCUCAUCCUGUGUCCUCCAGGUGAAGAGUGAGGGACCCAAAUUGGUGCCCUUCUUCAAAGCCACCUGCGUGUAUUUUGUGCUCUGGCUGCCCUCAUCUAGCCCAUCGUGGGUCAGCGCCCUCAUCAAGUGCCUGCCCAUCUUCUGCCUCUGGCUCUUUCUUCUGGCCCAUGGCUUAGGAUUCCUGCUGGCCCACCCCAGCGCCACCCGCAUCUUUGUGGGGCUCGUCUUCUCUGCUGUAGGUGAUGCCUUCCUCAUCUGGCAGGACCAAGGAUACUUUGUGCACGGUCUACUGAUGUUUGCUGUGACCCACAUGCUCUACGCCUCAGCCUUUGGCAUGCGGCCAUUGGCUCUUCGGACAGGUAUGGUGAUGGCAGUUCUGUCAGGCCUGUGCUAUGCCCUCCUCUACCCCAGCCUCUCAGGUGCCUUCACCUACCUGGUGGGGGUCUAUGUGGCCCUGAUUGGCUUCAUGGGCUGGCGAGCUAUGGCAGGGCUGCGGCUGGUCGGGGCAGCCUGGCGCUGGACUGAGCUGGCAGCUGGCAGUGGCGCACUGCUCUUCAUCACCUCGGACCUCAUCAUCGCUCUCAACAAGUUUUGCUUUCCCGUGCCCUACUCACGGGCACUAAUCAUGUCCACCUACUACGCCGCCCAGAUGCUCAUUGCCCUGUCAGCUGUCGAGAGCCGGGAACCCGUGGAGGACUAUAGACUGAGCAAGGCCAACUGAGAUGCCAGGGUCCGGUCACCCCUUUUUCUUCCUGGGGCUGGGUUCCAGACCCUGGGAACCUGAAGGAGCUGGAUCAGGAUGGCUGCGGUGCCAGCCUGGGGUAGCAGGUACCGCCUGGGGAAUUUGCCUGUUUGAGGGGGUGAGCAAGAAGAGGAUCUCCCUAGCAGCGCUAGUGGUCCAGGACCAUGCUGAGAUCUAAAAGAGCCAUUUUGACCCCUUGCUGGAGCCAGAAGUAGACAUCUCUCCCCUCUACCCCAUCAGAACUGUCAGAGCCCCCCCCGGAGGGUGAUGGUGCUCAGCUUCCUCACCCCCCCUUCCCCUACUCGGUGGAAGUGAGUGACGCCAUCUCUUAUGCCUAGGACCAGUGGCAAUGCUGGGCUCACCCACUCCUCCCCUUUCUAUUCUGCACAGAGUUGAGGGAAAAAGGAGAGAAAUCUGUGCUAAGAUGACCCACACCCAGGGCUUGAAGCCCCUUUCACAGGCUCCUAGUUGGGAAGAUUAGAUGAGAGUGGAGUCUCCCUUUCCUUCUUCUAUCCUUGUUACUUGAACAAUCUCAAUCUCUAAGUGUUGGGUGGGAAGAUGAAGAGGUAUCUGUCCAGGUUAGACAGGAGAGGGAACUUUUUUGGCCUCAGCGGUUGGGGUACCAAGUAUUCAAGUGGCCCCAUCUCUCUCUCAGGCCAGGCCAAAGCUCAGGCCCCAUACUGCCACCUGCAGACCCUAUCGUCAGGGCUAGGGUGAAACAUGCCAAAGGAAGGGGCCAGUCUAUGUAUGUGCGUGUGUGUGCGUGUCUGUGUGUGUUUGUAUGUGUGUAGUCUGUCUCUCAGCCUGCUUAUGUCUUUCUCUGCCAUAUGUCUCUGUCCUGCUGUCUGUCAAAGUCUCAUAGGGAGAGGGCCUCAGGGAGCUGCUGAGGGGGUACUGAGCCUGGCUCAGAGAGCUGGGACCCCUCCCCUCCAACACACACACUCACGAUGCUUUCUUCCUUGCCCUCCUAUAGUAGGAGCAAGAGGAGCAGGCUCCAAUGACACACUCUGGGGUUAUAAGACCCAAGGCACAGUCAAUGCAAGGGGAGCAAGGAUGGGACAACUCCAUCCUUUACUGCCCAUGUGAAAAAAAUAAAAACCAAGGGCCACUGGCUGCCCUGUUUGUCUGCCUA